AUGGCCGACUCUUUACAUAAUGCGCCUAUAGUCCUCGACAACGGAUCUGGCACCAUUCGAGCUGGUUUCGCAGGCGAUGAUCUACCAAAAUGCUACUUUCCCUCAUGGGUUGGUCGACCGAAGCAUCUGAGGGUUCUCGCGGGUGCGCUCGAAGGCGAGGUAUUCAUAGGACAGAAGGCUUCCACGGAAUUGAGAGGGCUGCUCAAAAUUCGGUAUCCCCUCGAGCAUGGUAUUGUCACCGACUGGGAUGAUAUGGAGAGGAUUUGGGAGUAUGUUUACGGUGAAGGUUUGAAGACUCUCAGCGAAGAGCAUCCUGUUUUAUUGACGGAACCUCCUUUGAAUCCCCGAAGCAAUCGCGAUACGGCCGCCCAGAUCCUCUUUGAGACAUUCAACGUCCCCGCACUCCACACAUCUAUCCAAGCCGUGCUAUCACUAUACGCCAGUGGUCGAACAACCGGCAUUGUUCUCGAUUCCGGUGACGGUGUUUCUCAUGCUGUGCCUGUUUACGAGGGUUUCGCCAUGCCCAGCAGUAUUCGCCGAAUCGACGUGGCAGGCCGAGACGUGACUGAGUACAUGCAGACGUUGCUACGGAAGAGUGGAUAUAUAUUUCACACGAGUGCUGAGAAGGAAGUGGUGAGGCUAAUCAAGGAGAGCGUCUCUUAUGUCGCUCAUGAUCCACGGAAAGAGGAAAGGGAUUGGGUUGGCGUAAAGCCCAACGAGAGCAAGUUUGCCGAAUACGUGCUUCCAGACGGCUUCAAGCUCAAGAUUGGUGCGGAACGUUUCAGAGCACCCGAGAUUCUCUUUGACCCCGAGAUUAUCGGCCUCGAAUAUCCUGGUGUACACCAGAUCGUUGUUGAUGCUAUUAAUAGAACAGAUCUCGACCUACGAAAAUCUCUCUACAGCAACAUUGUGCUCUCCGGAGGUAGCACAUUGACAAAGGGCUUCGGUGACCGUCUUUUGACAGAGUUGCAAAAACUGGCUGUCAAGGAUAUGAGGAUCAAGAUCUUUGCGCCACCAGAGAGAAAGUACUCUACCUGGAUCGGAGGCAGUAUUCUAGCUGGAUUGAGCACAUUCCGAAAGAUGUGGGUGAGCAUUGACGACUGGCAUGAGAACCCCGACAUUAUCCAUACCAAGUUCACGUAA